GUCUCCAUCUAGAUGUCGUCCCCUGUCCCGGCCAAGCAGCAUCGGAGAAACCGAUGGAUGUGGCCUUCGAUAUCACGCGUUUGCCGGAGGUGAUCCCGCACCUCUCCCCCGUCCAGGUCCCCUUCCUACCCAAUCCAACCAAUCAGGUCCCCAAACCCACCGGAGGAAACAAGGCUUCCGUCGCCACCACCGCCCCCAGUGGCUAGCUCUCCGACGGAGUGAAAGGCGCACAGUAACCCCCCGCCGCCGCCGAUUCGCCGGCGACUUCAGCAGCAGCUCCCCGCGCAAUCACCCCCGGAAUCCUCGUACCGGUAAGCGAUGACGAACUCACUAUUGUUCCUUGGUCUGAUGCAAUUCACCGCAAAAUUCGAGGAAAAGCCCUUGCGGAUUGGGCUGCUGACUCCCGCAUUCUGUUCCAGGUCGAGCGAAUUCGCGGCGGAGAUGAUCCUGCUACAGACCUACGCGGCGUUGAGCCUGCUGGCGACGACGGCUGCCGCGUACCACGCGUUCAACACGCGGGGCCAGUUCUACCCGGCGAUGGCGCACCUCUCGGCCUCCAAGUUCAUGAUUCGAACAAACAGCUACCUCUUGGACCCAUGUAGUGACAAUAGACAAAAGAAUCAUGAUUCGCCAGUAUGUGUUUAUGAGGAUAUGUUUAAUGAUAUACUUUUCCUGAAGAGAAUGCGAUUCGUUCUGCUAAACAUCAAGUCUUCAUUUGCUGCAACGUGCUCAAGUGAAGAACUUGAAGUGCCACGGCCGUCUUUCGAGUCUGCCGCAGCGCGUCCGACUGCGAUUCUGUCUGGACCCCAACACCCCAAGCCUGGGCCCUCCUUGAUCCUGCCACACCCGCCUCCCUUCGACCUCAACAGGAGCUCACCACCACAUCUCUGCCUCAAGUGCUUCACAUCUUCCACCCACGCCGCCUCUGCUGUAUCAUCCCCAAGUACAUCAUGGACUGGCCUGGUGGGCUCGACAUAUCCCUACGCUAACGAUCUCGGUCGAUUAGAUCUCAUGUCGUCCAGAUCAUUAGAUCAAGGAGGCAACACGACUGGAUAUUGGAGAAGAUGAAUUCGGCAGUGUACCGUGGACAGACCGACAUGUGGCUUGCGCCCCCGAUGCCCACCACCACAUCUCUGCCUCAUGUGCUUCACCUGAGUUGCAACUGUAAGCUGCUGCUGCAGUAGUCACCCGCCCACCGCACACCAUAGGUAUACCCUCUUUCUCUCUCAUUAAUUUGCCAUCUACUUUCAUGAUGUUUUGGCACCCCAAUCCUGCAAGUAUCUCUGUCCAAUCUGCAGCAACAAGUAUGUCAUCACAAGUACAAUACGGUGACAAUGUAUGCGUGUGUUCUUGUGCUUGCUGCCUAAAACAUGUUCGAUGAAAUGUCUCAAUGGCUUUGCUCAAGUUUAUGUUGCUCCAUUCAGCGGCGUUGAUAGGUCCAAGGUCAGUUUGACAUUUGCAGUGCAUCUAGCUGAGUUUUAUUUCAUAAAUAGAAGUUCGUGACUAAGUUUUAUCUUCUAAGCUCAAGUUGUGUUCUUCUGAUGAUCUAUUAUUUUGGGUUAAAGUUUCCACUGCUGUAUUGGUAUGAAUGUAUCGUGUAUGUCCAUAUGUGGUCAAUUGAGUAAAGCUUGGUAAUGAACCCCAUUUCAGUUUCAAACAAGUUGCCAACUUUUUGCUUAAUGAAAUGUUACCGUCAUGUUCUGUGCGCAUCCCCUGUCUAAGAUUUGCUUAAGCUAUAGGUAAUGUACUAAUAUAUCUAAUUUCAUGAUCUACCUUGCAUUUUACUUAUUUAGUACAACAUUAAAUUUAAUCUAGCCGUGCUAAGGCUCACAUUUUUAUUUUUACCAAUGCGUGGAGAUGCCUUGCUGCAAGGAUGGUAUAUGUUUUACAUGUUAACCAUACCGUUUUGCCAAAUAACUUGUUAAAUCUUGGAGUACUAAAAAUCGUCGGUGGUGAGAUUCCUGUUAGACCCUCAGCACUAUAUCAAGGCUUUAAAUUAUUUGUGUUCUUCUGUUCCAGCCCCCAAGCCAUUUCAACUUCAGAGGACUAAGCAAGCAUUCGAGUGCAGCAAUGACGGCCAAGCGAGCUUAUCGUGUUGUUCUCACCUUCUUGUAGACAAUGAGAAUGGAGAUGCGUGGAAAGGCAUUGGAGAUAUCAUGGGAAAGGCGGGCACCCUGGAAGUUCUCGCUUCUGAGUUCACUAGACUAAUUAUAAGUUUCCCCAUGCAUAAUUUUUCUAGAAAAUCUUUCCAUAUACUAAAGUGUGCUAAAUAUUUUUGAGCAUCCAGAAACCUUGCUACAGGUGGAAACAUAGCCUACCAUGCACGCAUUUUCCUUUUCUAAUUAUAAUGGCCUUCUCAGAUUCGUUUUGAGAGCAAUGCAGCAUGUGCGUGGACGUGCUCGCUGGCAAUGAUAUGAAGUGCCCCGGCAAGGAAGACUCUGCCUAUAGGCGCCUGCGAGUUCACACACUCCGAGGUUGGUCUGGACGAAGUGGCGAGAACGGCAGGCAGGCCUGGUCGACUUACAAUUUGAUUUCAUAGAACACACUGAUGCGUAGGCUCUGAUGGAGGGACUCUGGUGACUCAUCUAGCUAAUUAAUUCAGUUUUGGAGUGUGCAUUAGGGUAUGUAACCCAGUAGAUUGCUUCAGUUCCAAAUUGACUCUUAUAACUAGGUUCUUUUGCUUUAACUGAUUAAGUUCAGUUCAUAGAAAGAUGGCAAUCUAUAUCAGUCAAGGUGCGAGUGAGCUUUUAUGUUUGUACUACUUCAUGGGUUAUUAUAUGAACUACGACAUGUUUUAGCUGUGAUCA